AUGGUAAAUGAGACAUGUUAUAGGCUUUUCAAAUUUGUGGUUGUGAUUGAUCAUCCCCAACCACAGAGCAGGAGAAGACUGCAACCCAGCUCUCUAGUCUGGCCUGAGAGUCUGAGACUUCCAUAUCCUCGAGCACAAAGAAAGAGGAAAGAAGAGGAAAUGUCAGUUGCUACUUCACUUGGUCGCUUUCACUCUCCGUUUCUCUGUUCCCCUCUCAAGCUCUCUUCUUCUCUCCCCUGCAAAUCUGCAAGAAAUCACCGCUCACCAGCCUCUUAUCCAUGCGUUAGAGCUCUUGAUCUUGACCUAAACACGGUUGUGGCUAUAACUGUAGGAGUUGUGAGCAUUGCAGUUGGGGUUGGAAUUCCAGUUUUUUAUGAAACCCAAAUCGAUAAUGCUGCCAAACGAGACAACACGCAGCCAUGUUUCCCCUGCGAUGGAUCUGGUGCUCGUAAGUGACUAGCUCUCUCUCUCUCUCUCUCUCUCUCGUUAUUUCUUAUUUGAAUGAUAAACGAGCUAGAUAGGAGUUUCACUUUCUGAAUUUUGGUGAUGAAUGGAAAGAGUAAUGCCUGGUUGUCACGGAUUUUAGGAAAUUUUGCUCAUCAGCCCUUGUUGGCACACUCCUUACUUGGCUCCUUAUAAUCCUUACUGUUUGUGCUGAUUGAGGAUGCAAUUGGGCUUUCAUGUUGUUCUAAUGGUGGCUACUACUUUUAACCUCUAUGGUUGGGAUAAACAAACACGAACCGUAAUUAUAACUUAAUGGUUUGAUCACUGCAACCCAUCUUUCUUAGAAGCUAUGAUUGGUUUUCCUUGAUUGAUAAAAAGAAGGUGCUAGUUGCAAUCCCUUUUGUUCUUCCCACCCUUAAUAAAAUGAGAACUUAAAUUUCUCUUAAGAGUCCCUCUUCGGAUGGAAAAUGGAUCUUUGAAUUCAUUAUAGAAGAAGCGUCUCUGUAGAGUGAAAGUCCAGAUUCUUAAAAGAGAAGGGCACUCAAAAAACAAAUGGGAGUGAUUUUCCUUGGCUGAACUACAGAGCACAAUAUGGGUCAAUAUUUGAGGAGUACCAAUGACAUCUAUCUUUAUUACUCAAUCGCACCUUGACUGCUAACCACAAUACUAGAUCUCUGUUAUGUACACAUUUUAAAUAUAUUUUUAUAUAGUAUUAGAAGUAAUUAUUAGGAAGUUAUUUUAGUAAAUGAGUUAGUGAUAGAGGAUUUUGUGGGUAGUUUCCUAAAUGG